UAAGUCUUCUUCUUACUCUGGUCUCCGGUUCCACAACCGUCGUUUACUCUCUCGUCUCCGGUGCCUCAACUGUCUCCAGUAGCUACUCCCAUUGCCAUAAAAUUCAUCAUAAUGGAGCGUUCUUCAUCAAAAGAUCCCAUCUUUAACACCUCUGUUAGCCUACCAUCGCCAGUUGUAUCUGCUGCCACCCACUCCGCCGUCCCCCCUUCAUCAUCGGAUUUUCAAGAAAUGCCGGCAAAUUCAACGCCCUCUCCACUUCUUGGCGCAUCUUCGAAUCAAGAACCCAUCUCUUUUGGGGGUUUCGGGAGCAACCUUCCGAUUUCACCCGGUGCCUCUGUCUCCGUGGUUCCUUCUUCUCAUCAUUUGGAAGCCAGGGUCCCUCCGGCCAUGAAUAUAACAGAAGCAGCAUCAUCAUCAUCACUUCUGGCACAACAUCCGAACCAACCACGUACCGAAUUUGGACCCAAUUCAUCACCAGGGGCGCUCAUGAAUGCAAGCUCAUCCCCAGUUCUUGGCUCAUUUUCUCCGAAUCUAGAUUCCAUCUUUUCUGGGAGUAUCGGGAGCAACAUCAGGAACCCAUCUUCUUCAUCGGCUUCUUCUCAAGAAUCCACCACGGUGCCAUCCAGGAAUGUAACUCAAGAAACGUCGUCAUCAGCCUUUCCGCCAUCAUAUUCUAACCAACAAAGUGCCCAGUUUGGGCCCAUUGUUGCAUCAACCCACGUCUCUGGAAUUCAAUCUUUCCCACAGUUGCAACCAGUCGUCAGGGGUCCGGCUCCGAUCGUUGGUUAUGCAUUCCGAGUUGUGCGUCGUCAACCCGGUGUUUAUGGCUAUUCUUCACCUGAUUAUCACAUGCCCAUUCCGAUUUCUGGGACUGUGUAUAUGGAUUCCCCUGGUGGAUUCAUUUCUCUGAUUGAUGAGGCUAUGUCUGAGGAUGGCUCAAGAAUGAUUUGCAAUUACAUCCGAAGUAUUAUUCACUCUGACAAUCAUGUGCAGUGCCAGUUCACUUUCUCAGUUGCCCAAGAUCCUGAGCGUGCUCUGAAUUUGAUGACCCAUGAAUUUGGAUCCCGGGUUAUCAAGGAUUGCUUCACAUACUUGCGCCCGGGAGCUACAGAGAUUUUGUACUACAUUGUUUUUGACAAUAUUCACUUACUGGCAGUUGACCCUAAUGGUUACACUGUAGCCAAUAGCUGCAUCCAGUUUUCUGAGGGGAGAGAACAACUCUUAAACAGAGUUUCAUACUCUCAAACUGCAUUAUUGGAGCUGUCACAUCACGAUUUCGGAAACUACGUGGUCCAAAAGGGCAUCAAACUUUCUGAGAUCUUUGCUGAAAGAAUGUGUACCAGGCUGAGUGGGCAUUUCCUCUAUCUUGCAACUGAGAAGGGUGGCAGCCAUAUUGUUGAAAAAUGCUUGAGGUUCAGGUAUUCACCUAUUCUGUAUGACGUGCUCAAGGACGAAGAAGGAAUUCUGCGUCUUGCUGGACAUAAGAUUGGUCACCAUGUGAUUCUAACUGCUCUUCAAGUGACAAUGAAUGAUGACAAGGGUUGGUUCAGGCGGAUUGUGGGGAUUUUGGGGGAAAGGUUCUCCCAUCUGGUGCCGAAUCGAGGGUGA